AUGAUUGCUGUUGUGGACUAUGGGGUCGUCUUUUGGCUGUCGGUCUACUACCACACCUUCCUUGCCCAGGGAUGUCAGCACAAAUAUCACCAGUGCCUGGCUCUGGACAUAUGGGGCAUCGGAAUGGCCUCCAGUGGUGUUGCUGUUGUAUAUCUUGCCUACGUGUACUGUUGUUCCAGCUGGUGGCAGAUGUUCUACUACAGCUUGCUCGGCGGGGUGAUCACGUGGUACUCCGUCAUCUGGCUCCAUCCGAAGAUGGUACCCGGCUGGGUAUCGGUUAGGAGGAGAUUCUUGGCCCUCUCCCCUCUGCACACCGUGUUUUACGCAAUCAUCCUCCUCCAGCCGCUGCACCUCAACCGGUACUGGCCAGACAGCCUCCCACAGACAGUGUUAUCAGUGGCGGCCCAACCUGUCGCCAUCCUACAGGCUGGAAUACUUGUAUUUUUUGUGAUGAAGAUUCCGGAACGAUGGUGGCCAGGUCGGUUCAACAUCUGGGGCCACAGUCACCAGUGGUGGCACCUCCUGCUUAUAGUAAAAUUUCUAUUCUGGCGGCGGACAAUCCUCACCUUCAUGCAGCUGAAGUUACAUACCCUGUGUUAA